UCACAAUCCGUUGUUUGAGUUUUGAUGGCUAUUUCACACGGGCUAAUCUAGCUGCCAGCUAAAUGACUGAAGGGGGAGGUUACAGUAGACACACGGAAGAUUCAGGGAUUCAAAGGAACAACAGGCGGCUGGUUAUCCGGCCGGUUUAACUUGACAGGUCCAUCAGUGUCAUUUGGGAGUUAGUUUGGAGGCUAUGUUUGCCAGUUGAGAUACUUUGUGUACUGAUAGUGUGUGCGCUUGCUAGGUAAUUCCUGGCAAUAAGGCUUGUAAAACGAUCCUAAACUAACGUCAGCUAACACUUGCUGUUGUAAAGUGAGUUACUCACUAACUGGAAAGUUAACAUAACAUUAGCUAACAUUAGCUCGCUAUCUAGCUACCUCACGACCAACUCAGUUUUGAUAUGGCAAACUUGCUGGCAGUGCAAACAAGGAUAUCACUUAGUAAACAAGGGAGUUUAUUAAAUCCAACUGCUUCAACGGCCUUGAGGAUUGCUUUACGUGAAUACAGCAUUAACGAUGGGACGGAGUACUUGCAGAAAAGUAUUGUUCCUACAAUGCACUAUCAGAAGAGCUUGCCGAGGUUACCUGUCCCUAAGCUGGAGGAAACCAUACGAAAAUACCUGGCAGCCCAGAGGCCCCUCCUAAACGACGACCAGUAUAGCACCACAGCAAAACUGACUGAGAGCUUUCAGAACGGUGUGGGAAAACAUCUGCACGAGGAGCUUGUAGCUCAAGACAAGAAAAACAAGCAUACCAGUUACAUCUCUGCACCAUGGUUUGACAUGUACCUCUCAGCCCGGGAUUCUGUGGUGCUGAACUUUAACCCGUUCAUGUCCUUCAACCCGGACCCAAAACCGGAGUACAAUGACCAGCUCCUCCGGGCCACCAACAUGGUGUGCUCUGCUGUGAGGUUCAUGAAGACCCUGCGAGCUGGUGUGCUGGAACCAGAGGUUUUCCACCUCAACCCGGCCAAGAGCGACACAGACAGCUUCAAAAAGCUGAUCCGCUGGGUGCCAUCCUCCAUCUCCUGGUUCGGGGCCUACAUGGUCAAUGCCUACCCGCUGGACAUGUCCCAGUACUUCCGCCUCUUCAACGCCACGCGCAUCCCUAAGGCGAAGCGCGACGAGCUGUACACAAACGACAAAGGGCGGCACCUGCUAGUGAUGAAGAACGGCAACAUGUAUGUGUUCGACGCAGUGGACCGCGAUGGCAAUCUGGUGAAGCCCGCAGAGAUCCAGGCCCAUCUGAAGUACAUCCUGUCGGACACAGCCCCGGCCCCGGCGUUCCCCUUAGGCGUACUCACCAGCGAGAACAGAGAUGUCUGGGCGGGACUGCGGGAGAAGCUGCAGGCCGCCGGGAACGCAGAGGCCCUGGGCCUGGUGGACAGCGCCAUCUUCUGCCUGUGUCUCGAUGAGGAAGUGAUGCGCGACCACAUCCACAUUUCCCACAACAUGCUGCACGGGGACGGCUGCAACCGCUGGUAUGACAAGUCCUUCAGCAUCAUCCUCGCCAAGGACGGGCAGGCGGCCAUCAACUUCGAGCACUCCUGGGGUGACGGGGUGGCCGUUCUGCGGUUCCAGAACGAGGUGUUCAAGGACAGCACAGAGAGGCCCAUAGUGGGGCCUGGCUCCCAGCCCGCAGCAGUGGACUCGGCAUCCGCCGUGCGAAGGCUGGAGUUCAAACUGGACGCCGCUCUGGAGAAUGGCAUCGCCAAGGCCAAGGAGAACUUCAAUGAGGCUGUGUCCAAGCUCAAGAUCGAUGCCUUGCAGUUCAUGAAAGGAGGCAAGAACCAACUGAAGAAGAAGAAGAUCAGUCCGGACGCCGUCGCCCAGCUCUCCUUCCAGAUGGGUUUCCUGCGGCAGUACGGGCAGACCGUGGCCACGUACGAAUCCUGCAGCACUGCUGCCUUCAAGCAUGGGCGCACGGAAACCAUCCGGCCGGCCACCAUUCACACCAAACAGUGUGCAGAGGCGUUCGUCCAGCAGCCUGGCAAACACAGCGUGGAUCAGCUGCAGGGCAUGCUGAGUGAAUGCUCCAAAUACCAUGGGCAACUCACCAAAGAGGCAGCUAUGGGCCAAGGAUUUGAUCGGCAUCUGUUUGCUAUGCGUUACUUAUGUAACACCAAGGGCAUGGCCUUGCCUGACCUCUACCAGGACCCUGCCUACGCUGCCAUCAACCACAACGUCCUGUCCACCAGCACCCUCACCAGUCCUGCUGUGAACCUUGGAGGGUUUGCCCCGGUUGUGCCAGAUGGUUUUGGGGUGGGCUACGGUGUCCAUGAUGACUGGAUUGGGUGCAAUGUUUCCUCCUACCCUGCCAGAAAUGUGCACGAGUUCCUGCAGUGCGUCGACAAGUCCUUAGAGGACAUCUUUACCGUCCUUGAAGGCAAACCUAUUGGUUAAAGUCCUGAGAUUGCAAUCAUAGAGGAAUGACCAGCUGUUAAGUGGACUUAAAAGAUUUAUAGAAAGAAUGCAACUAUUAUGACUGACUUGAGUAAUUCAUGCUAUCACAUUGCCUUCUUGAUAUGAAUGUGCUUCCAUUCACAUCUGAGGUGCCUUCUCUUUCUGCGAUGCGUUCAACUUCCUCCAUUUCUCUAGUCUGCAUAGUAGUAUUUAAUUUGUUUGAGCACACAUUGUAAACCAGGAUGUGGUUCUUGGGCAUUGAUAUAAUUAAACAUGGUUUAUAUAUUUGAGGCAAAGUCUGAAAUUGUAUUGCAGUUGCAAAAAUGUAGUUUAGUACCUCUCAGAAGUGGUCCCUCAGUGCUUUGUAAAGCAGUACUAACUACAUGAACUAUGAACUAAUGCAAUGUGAACCCCACACUGCCACUGGCAACCAAAUUGUGGUAUUGGUUUUGAAGGGGGAACUUACUGAAUAAAGAAAGUAAAAGGCCUGUUGUAUAGAUAUCUAUGUUCUACAGGGGAAAUAUAGUGAGUGUACUACUGGGAUGAUAAGCACUUAGCAGUUAAGAAAUGAGCUGCAGGACUCAGGAAGAGACCUCUGUGAAAAACUAUAAGUAAAAACGUUUUAACCUGGAUCUGAGGAAUAUUUGACCAUAGCUCAAGUCAUUUUCUGCAGCUUCACACACACCCCAUGUUUACGGAAUGCUGUUGCUAUUACAAAGCUACAAUGUACUUGUUCGAUGUUCAGGAAACUUUCUAGACUAGGCCAGUCAGCCUUAACCAUAUUUGUGCAGCUUUGAUUUCCAUGCUUCAGUGUCCAAUUGGUAAACAAACAUUUAUUUUGAAGUAUCUGAAAUGGAAGUAUGUACAUUUGACAACUCAAAUUAAAUUCAAAAGGUUAGUUGGUUUACAAUCUGUACCUUGGUAAAUCACCACAUUUGCCUCGUAUACUUGCAUUAACUUUGACUGUAAACUCCCCAGAUUGAGAAGUUUUCAUAUCAAUUUUGUUUGUCAAAUCUUUCCAUUUGCCAUGACUGUUUCACUAAUCCAGCAUGUUGACAAAUACAAACAUCCUCUGUGUCAUUACUCUGCAAUCAUUGAAAGUGUUGACAAAAUACAUUUAUAAUAUAUUCAAUAAA